UUGGUAAACAUCAUAAAUCAUCACUCUGUGCUCUGUGAGGUAAACAUGUGCGUCCAACAGCUGCCCAGCGAGUCCGUUUGACCGCCAGCACCCCACGAGAAAAAGACGGUUCCAAUGCCGCUCAAAGUGGCAGGUCCGGGUGCUGCGGCCCCGUCCCAGUCGGGCAUGGAUGGGAUCGAUUACGAGUUGGGGGCGGACUAUUGGUCCAAAGUGGAUCCCACCAUCGAUGGCAUGUUAGGCGGGUUUGCCCAGAUCUCGCCGCUUGAUAUCGAAGGCUCCAGUAAAUUCCUCAAAUGGUGUCUCAAGGGCUCUUGGUCGGAAUCAGGUUCACCUAGCACGGGCCGGGCCUUGGAUUGUGGGGCCGGGAUUGGACGGGUCACCAAAUAUUUGCUGCAAAGACACUUCCAAACGGUGGACAUGGUGGAACAAGAUGCCAAGUUCUUGGACCAUUCUCGGGCUUACCUGGGUCCCACGUCCAAAGUGGACCAACGCUUUUGCUCCGGAUUGCAGUCCUUCACGCCUCAAUCCGCCCACUACGACGUGAUCUGGUCCCAAUGGGUCUUGGGACAUCUGGCCGAUUCGGACCUGGUGGCUUUUUUCCAAAGAUGCGCUCGCGGUUUAAAAGCCAAUGGAGUGCUCAUAGUCAAGGAGAACACCACCAGUUCGGAUACGGUCGAACAGGACCCGCAAGACGGCUCGGUGACUCGUCCCGAUGCCUUGCUGAAAUCGCUUUUUGCUCAAGCCGAUCUGGUGCUGAUCAAAGAUCUGCAACAACUGAAGUUCCCUGCGGAAUUAUAUCCCGUGAAGAUGUACGCCUUACGACCUAAAACCGCUUCGGACAGUCCGGAUGAAGCCAAAUUGAAGGCUGUUGGCAUGCUGCCUGAUUAAAUCACACUUAUUAAAAUUUUUACAUCAAGAA